AUGAAAUUUUCAUUAUAUCUUAUUUCUUUGGCCCUUUUGGGUUCAACAUUCGGCGUAAAUGCCUCAAAGGCAUCCGGCAAUAGUACCCGAAGCGGCGGCGGUUUUAAGGAAAAAUUGUGUGCAAUGGGCAAAACUCAAUUCUGUCCACCACCAGAACCUAUCCCUACUACAACGACAACACUUAUUCCCACUGAUAUUAUACCAACUCCAACAUUGCCACCAACUCCUCCAAUUCCUACUACCACAGCUACUGGAUUACCCACUACCUCGACCACAGGUACUUCACCAACCACGGAAACUCUUGAACCACCCACCGAUACAUCACCGCCAACCACUUCAUCACCUGAUCCAGAUGCUACGCCUGAGCAGAAGAAACGUAAAGCACGCAGAAAUCGUAAAAUCCGUCGCCGCAAUCGUAAGCAACGUAAAGCCCGCCGCAAUCGUCGCCGUGUUAUGCGUGGAUAA